AUGGUGUGCCGUCGGGAAAAGAUGGAUGACGACAAAAGCCGCCGCUCGAAAUCACCAGCAGCCGAGAAAAGUUCGAAGAAGAAAAGUGACCGCAAAUCUCGCAGUCGCAGUGUGAGCCGUGGCGAUAAGCGGCGCAGCCCUUCACGGAGUCCCACUUACCGGCGCCGGCAUGCCGGGGGUCAGGGCCGGAACCGUUCGCGGAGCCCGUUGCCGUUUCGACCGAGACGUCGUUCGCACGACCGCGGGUCACACCGGCGACAUGGGCGUCGUGGCCGCCGAACCCCUUCACCGGGAAUAGGCGUCGGAGGGGGCAUGGGUAUGCAGGGGAUGAUGGGUGGUGAUCCGGGCGGUGGGUACCUCGUGCCCAUGAACAUGUACGAUCCGUCCUGUUACGGUGCUUACGCCGACAACGGAGCCUACAUGACAAAUGUAAUGGCCGGGUACGGAGGAUACGAUUACGGGCAGGCUGCGGGGACAUACAUGAUGGAUCCGACCAGUGGGAUGAUGAUGGCUGGGACCGGAGUGGAAUUCAAUCAGUCCGUCGGAUGGGUACAACCUCCGGCCCAGCCUGUCGUGCAGGAAACGGAGGAAGAGAAACGCAAACGAGAAGCUGCAAUUACGUUCGAAUUGUUAAAUCAGCGAGCGGCACUGAAGAAGCAACGCGACGACUACAAGCGCCGUGCCGGAGCACUGAAGCGUGAACUGAAAACGCUCAAACAGCAGCGAUCGGAUCUGAGCUCGGGCCGUGAACCGCCCUCACCAACGACAAACAACUUCAUCAAAGAAAAUGACAAACUGCAGUCGCAGAUAUUGAACAAGAUCAGCACGAUUGAGAAUGUGAUCGAUAUGCUGGACGGCAUCAUAGCGAAGGACAAAACUCCCUCACCGCCACGGAUACUGCCAGGGACGACAGUACCGCCGUUGGCCACCAUUUCGGAUCCGGCUGCACCACCGUCGCCAGAGGCUCACGAUGGCAGUGACACGGAAACGAAGCGACGCAAGCAUCGUAACAAAUCACGCUCACCAUCGGCGAGUGGCAGCGGUAAGGGCGAUCGCGCACGAUCGGACUCUCCGUCACCUGAGCGAUUAAAAAACGAAGUCCUGGAAAGCAUGCACGCUCGGGGAAAGCGCAAAAAUUCAGACAAACGUCAUUCCGAGCAUUCCGAAGGGCGCAAGAAAAAGGCACCCUUUAACUUUGUCCACUACGACCCGGAACUGCACUGGUGUGCGCCGUGUAACACUUUCCCGAAGACGGCCGAAGAGUAUCUGGUUCAUUUGCAUUCGGUCGAGCACCGACGUUGUACCACCGGUGACAAGCAGGAGGAAAACAAUAAAGAAGUGGCCCCGUGGCGCGAUGAACGGGACUCCGACGAUACGAUGGUCAAUCCAGAGGCACCAACGAAACGGACACCGAUACGCGGGUUACAGUUCUUCGUACCAGCGACGGCCUGGUAUUGCAAGCUGUGCCACGUUUGGAUGGGCGAUCUGAACUGUGCCUCGUGGCACUGGAAAUCGCAAACACAUGCGGAUGCGUAUGGGAAAUACAUUGACGGUCAUACAAAUUAUGAAAUCGAUUGGAUGUCGGAGCGCCAGAAGGCGUACGAAAGCCUUUCCGGUGACGCACCCACAGGGGAAGAGGUUGAUGGAGAAAUACCCGCUCCACCUCCGCCGCCAACGGCUGAAGAAAUGCGUCUCGCUUCAUCCGGUGUGCAGCCGAAGGAAAGUGAAUCGAAGGAAAGUGAUGCUUUCCGGUCGCUUCUCGCCAACAGCAACCCAAGCGCUGAACCUACUGAUAAUGCGGCACCGGCAUUGAAAUCGUUCUCAACUGAGGCAAAGGACGAAAAUACGGCAUCGUCUUCUACGUCGAAGCGUACGAAGAAGAAGAAAUCUCGCAAGGAAGAGAGGCGAGAGAAGAAGAAAAAGAAACGAUCCAAGAAGCGGAAACGGGCCGCAGCCUCGUCGAGCUCGUCGUCCAGCAGCUCCGAUUCGUCCGAAUCGGAUUCGGACUCAGAGUCGGAGAAGGACAGCAAAGCGAGUCCCAAGAACGAUGACCGUGAUGGUGGUUUCAAUCCCGCCAACACAAUUCAAGCGGCCAUGCGUAAUAUUUUGAAGUCGAAAGAGGUGAACGCACGCGAGGUGGUAGCGGCGGCAGCUGUUGCAGCCGCUGCGGCCGCUGCCGGUAAACCACAGGCCCCUGUGACCGGUGAUGGCACGGUGGUUUCACAAGAUCCUGACUUUAGUAAAUGGACAGUUGUACACCCAGCUCAGCAAGGGAACAACCCAACAGCGGCAGCAAACCCAGUAGCAGCAGAAACAGGACCAUCAGCGUAUAACGUUCUACCGUCUGCGUCUGGCACGGAACGGGAUCGAGAAAGGGAGCGUGACCGAGAGCGCGAUCGUGACCGUGACCGCGAUCGCCGCAGUGUCGAUCGUCGGGAUCGUAGAAACCGGCGGGAGAGUCCGGACCGUCAGGGAGGUCGAGAUCGAGGAUAUCGAAAUAACUAUCGCGAUCACCGAGACCAUCGUGAUCGUCGUGACCGACGGCGCAGUCGCUCGAGAGGACGCCGAAGCCGUAGCGGGAGCACUGGUUACGGUAGACGCUUCCGCAGGCGAUCAUAUUCACGCUCUCGGUCUCGAUCUCGAAGCCGAUCGAGCCGUGAUAGCCGGCAUCGAGUGAUCGAGAAACCGGUGGUAAACUUCCCUCCCGAACCGAAGGCCUCGAAGGUGAGUGACCGGAAAUCACAAAAAUCGCAAACGAAAUCCUCCGACAGUGGGGGUCGAGCUAGCGGACGAUCCAGCAGUGAACGAAAGGAUAAAUCGACUCGACCUACCUCGAGCUCGUCGAGCAAAGGAGCAUCCGCAAGUGGUGGCACUGAAAAGGGUUCCGCAACCAAAAAACUACCGUUUAUCGGUAGAAUGCCAGUGUUCAAGAAGCAGCAGGCUGAUCAUGCGAAGAAAGAGGAAGCUGCAGCCGCUGCUGCGGCCGCUUCGGUGCCGACGGAUGUUUCGUCACCGCCGAUAAUUACACCUUCCGUCGCACAGUUUGCUGCAGCUGCCGCCGCCGCCGCUGCUGCCGCUGCGGCUGCUCAAGCCGCCCAGCAAACACUGCCAACUGGCGAGUUGAUCUUGACAUCCGCCACAGGUAGCGGUAGUAACUCGAAUGAUGUGCCUAGUGCUACCGUAUCAACUGAUCCAGGACAGGGAGGAGACUACGGAACAGAGCUUGUAGCGGUGCCGGAUUCGUAUCACUAUGAAACGUUCCAGAUGGGAACGACUGCCGUUCCAGCAACGGAAGAUGGGGUUGAAAUAGAUGAUCAAUUGCUCGCGGGAUCCGAUCACGCGAAUGGUGAAAUGUUAGCCGAUGAACAGCACGAUACGAACAUGGAGGGCACCGAUGACCCGGAUGCUUACGUUGGCCCGGAUGGUUCGGUUCCGUUGCCAAAAGAUUUCCAGGCCGCUUUGGACAUCAUCUACGACGGUGGCGAUAAACCGAAGCGCGCCGACGUAAUAGCGAAGGAGGCUGCAGCGGCAGCAGCCGCGGCAGCUGCGGCCGCGGCUGAAGCCGCCAAUCCACCGGAAAUGGUACCUUCACCGAUCGAUCAGCAACAGCCGGGGAUCAUUCCCAUGGGGGUGUCGAUGAUGAUGGAUCACGAUCAACCGCACAUGAUUGUGCCAGAGGCGAUCGAAAUGUACAACCAACAGUACGCCCUCGAGUACGGGGUGCAUCCGGCUGCGUAUCACGCGGCAGCGGCAGCCGCAGCUGCCGCCGCGAUGGGAAUGGGCGGCGUUGUGCCCGGUGAGAUGGUGGGCCACUACGUGGAAGACGAGUCACAGAACCAGCCGCUCGACAACAUGAUGUACGGUGCUGCGAUGCAUGCGGCAUCGGGAGCGGCUGCCAUGAUGCACGCCCAUCACCACCAGCAAAUGAUGGCGGUCGGUGCUCUCGAUUCGAAUGCGUACGCCAUGGCGAUGGCUGCCGGUGUCAGUUACACGCCGGAAAUGUUGGCCGUCCAUCAGCCGGCAGCAGAGCUCGCCAAGGGUACCCAGAUGACGUUGGAGGAGACUAAUGCCGCCGCCGGGACCGUUGAAGAGUUUUAUGGUGAAGGUGAAGCAUACGGCACCGCUGAUGAAACAGCCGAAGCGACGGUGGAGGAACCAACCGAUGAUGCCACCGUGUACGCCGACGAAAGUACCACCGUCGAGGGGGACGGUGAACAACAGCCGGAUGUUGAUGAAGAGUCGACGGAAGUGGCGCAAGAGGUUGUACAAUAUGUUUAUGAGGAACCCGAUCAACAGCAGACAGCCACGAUGUCCGACGCGAGUGGAGAAGAACGUAGCCGUGGCUCUGGACCGGACAACCAAGACGAUGACGACACAGCUGCUUCGGAGGAAGGUUUUAGAGACGGUGAAGACACGGCUGCUUCGGAUCAGGAUGGCAGAAGUUACGAGCACGAGGGUGAGCAGUAUGAUUCAAAGGGUGAUGAGGAUACGGCCACUUCUGAGCAGGAUGCUAGAGGUUCCGAGGACCAGGGCAGCGAAACCGAAGAGGAAACAGAUGCAUCGGAGGAAGAGGUUCAGGAUCUUGCUUACACGGUGAGCUCAGCACAAGCGGUGCAGGAUGAGGAUACGGUUACCUCAGAACAUGAUGAAGAGACGUAUGAGAAGGAAGUAUACGCAGCAGUUGGUCAGCAGUAUACCUCUGAGGAUGUGGAGCUAGUAGACGAUCAAUCAAACGAUUCCUAAUGAUGUCCGGUUUCAGUUUAUCUUGUGAUCGGUGUUCGAAGGGACAAGUUGCUUUUCUUCUGAACUUGAGACAACACACUUUGCACUUUAUAACGCCAUACCGCUUCGCGGUACUACGUUGAUGAUUCAGGUAUAGGGAACCCACACGCGGACAUGCAAUGCAAAUUGAUCACA